GUAAACUAACAGUAACAAUCGCUCAUUCAUUCUUCCGAGAAUUGCGCACAUUAUUUUUGAGUUUCCUGUGGUAGAUUUAUCAUUUAGAGUUUUACCGGAUCACCAAUCAUGCCGAAGAAUAAAGGAAAGGGAGGAAAGAACAGGAGGAGAGGAAAGAAUGAGAAUGAGUCAGAGAAAAGAGAAUUGGUCUUCAAAGAAGAAGGUCAAGAAUAUGCCCAGGUUCUCAAGAUGCUUGGGAAUGGAAGGUUAGAUGCGCUGUGUUUCGAUGGCAAAAAGAGGUUAUGUCAUAUCAGAGGAAAAUUAAGAAAAAAGGUUUGGAUCAACCAGGGUGAUAUCAUAUUAAUCGGCCUACGUGAAUACCAAGAUGAGAAGGCAGACGUCAUCCUCAGAUACAAUGCUGAUGAAGCAAGAAACCUGAAAGUUUACGGAGAACUGCCCGAACAUGCCAAGAUCAACGAAUCAGUCGCAUUCGGCCAAGACUACGAGGAUGACGAGGUGGCGUUUGACGAUCAGGGCUUCGAUGAUGACAUAGGGGACGAAAUAGGAGCGAUAUAGCAGAGUGACCGAUGACAGAGUGAAGACCCCAAGCAGUGUGCCUCUGUUUUCAGUCUUGUGCAAUGGAAUUUAACAAACAAUCUAAUAUCCUCAUCUUUCUUUAAAAUAAAAAUCACGCUUUUUUCCACCCUGUGUGAAGAGGUCUAAGACUCCUCAUUACUACAACCUUCCAAUGUUAAUGCUUGCGUGGAACGUUCAUACUGAUUUAAAGCCGUCAGUUUGGCUAGCACGUGAGUAUAUGAAGAUUACAUGCUUGGGCUAAUCUUGGAAUUAGGGGAGUCGGUUUUGUCUAAAUCACAGUUCUAAGAGAUGAAAUAAGUUGAAUUACAGGUAUUGUAUAUUUCACUAUAUGUUGAGAAUUCUGUUACAUUAAAGCUGUUUCUUAAGUCUAAAUAUUGUAAAUGUUUCAAUUUUGAUUUUAAUGGUAUUUAAUAAAUUUUACCUCAAGGAGUCAUUUGGGUAUCAGAUUUGCUGAGUUUUCUUAGAAUUUGUGUGGAAAUGCAGUUAAUAUAUAUGAUUGAACUUCUUUCAUUGUGAGUUCCUCUAGUGUUUUGUUUUGAAGAGUGUAAAAUUAAGGCCUUGGAUUAACACCUAUUCAGAAAAAAAUAUUUUACAUGACUUAUCAAUUAAAGGCAAAACAUAAAAAUUACAAUAUGCUUUCAAACUCAUUUUAAAUAGAAGGUACAAGAAAUAUUCCCAGAAUGGUAUUUCCUAUUAAAUACUUUAUUCCCCCCACCCCCACGAAAAAAAAAUUCUUUUGAAACAUGAAAUUAAUGGGAAUGAUUAUUGCCAAAAAAGGUUCUGGCAUCACUAUUUGUUCAUUUGUUACUUAUAUUGUUAUGAGGGCUAUUUCGGAUUCUGCACAGUUUAUUUAUAGUUUGUCGUUAUGGGCAUUGCAAGAACUUUACAUGUGACUUGUGUAUGCAACAAGGGAGUUUAUUUCUAUUCCAUUUUCAUUAGCGCUCUAACGUGUUUGCUUAAAUAGAGGGUUUGAGGGGCAAAUUGUCUUUUCCUCCCCUCCCCCCAUUUUUUUUCUGUACAUACUAUCAUAUAAUGAGUGAGAUAGACCAGAGUAUUUCUAUAUGCACCCUUGAUUUGCUAAAUCCUAACUACGGUAGAUAUUGACAUGUGAAUUAGAUUGGAUUGGAAUAAAUUUCAUUGCACAAGUUACUGUUGAAACAAGAACCUACAUUAAAACAAAAUGAGGAGGAACCUGGGCCAGGAGAAGGGAAAGUAUUGCCUUUUGUAAACUGCAUGCUAUUACAUAUUCACUUAUGAAUAAAAGGCUAGAUAUAUAUUAGCCACGCAUGAGCCAAUCACAUGCAAAGCAAACUUGUGAAUAUUUAAAAAAAGGUUAUAUAUUAUCCUAAGUCGAAGAGAACUUUUAGUGGUAUGAUGCUGGUAAAUGAAACUUCAAUACACAUACAAUACACACUUGAAGCGUUAGAUGACAUUUUAGUAGGCUAUAUUAUUCAUUUGUUGGUGCGUAUUUAAAUGGAGAAGUUUUCUUCCAAAAUGAAAAAGGUGUUGUAAUGUAUGACUUCAUCUGUAUGUUUUCUUUUCUCUCUUAUGUUCUUCAGUUUAGAGUAAGGUAUGUCAUUUAGUCUGGAGUUAUAUGAAAUUACCAAAUUUGACAUGCAUGUAGAGGUACAAUUUAUCUGUAAAUCACACGUUUUGGGGACUGCAAACUUAGUUUGACGUGUUAAAAUGUAGAUUUCACAUUUAAAAAGUUUGGCCUCACCGAAAUUGUUAUACUAUCUGUGAUAAUGAGAAAUUAACCCCAAAUAGUGCAGUGCUGAAUAACUUAAUGACGAUGAACGGUAGAUGUACAAUUUUAUAAUAAAAAUAAACGUAUUUGCAUAUUUUAUGUCUUUGAAAAUCAUUUCUCAAGCUUGGAAUGUGCUGCCAUUUUCAGGAUGUUAUCUUUGCCUCCAGCUUUCUAAAAAUUUGUAAUGCGAAUAUUCCAGAGGUCUAUUUUUAAUAGAAAAAAAAUCCACUGCUUGCUCUUGAAAUGACCUCACAUUCAAGAGUUAAAACUUGUUGGAUCAACAAUUUGGGCGGAGUCCAGCACAUGCUGAGUUUCAGGGUAGCAUUUCAUGAAAGAAAUUUGUCGGGGAUUAUUUCCGACAAGUCUGUUUCCAUAGUAACAGUGCGUCUUAGCUCAUCAAAAUCAAGCAAACUUGUCAGAUCUGGGCUCCAUAACACAGCAUAAAACUUGGUCGUACGCUCGAAUUUUACGAUUGAUUGUACAUUGUAGUCGAUGUAAUCAUUUGUGAAAAUUUGUUCUUUGAUCAUUGCUAAGCUUUGAGUAAUGGGCUCCAGGGGAGCGUUUCAUGAAAGGACUUGUCUGACACUUUAUAUAUCAAGUCCUGUUUUAUCCGACAGUUACCAUAGUAAUAGUGCCACUUAGCCAAACUCAAGUAAAGCUGUCAGAUGACAAAUAUUGAAGAAAAGCUCCCCUGAAGAAUUGAGUAAAUUUGUUAUUUUAUGAUUCCAUUGUUAAUAUAAAUAGAUAAGCUUGAAGAAUUUUGCAAUUUUGGCGAAUAUACCCAGCAAACCUCAAAUUGGCAAUUUCAACUCAUAUAUUGAAAAAAAAUAUUGAGCAAAGUGGAGGUAUAAAAUUUCUACAUAGAGGAUGUAGAAAGCCUUUUAGAUAAGAACCUUGAUUUUGCCAUCAAUUGCUUGUGGUCUAGUGAUAAAAGGAACACUUGAAAUCUUUACACUGCUCUGACACAAUGGCAUGGGCUCACAAUUCAGAAUAUUGCUUUUUGUGGCUAAUAAUAUUUUCAGUUAUGAAUUGACAGCAGUAGCAUUUAUUCCAUCAGAAUAAACCUGACAAUAGUGAAUUCUGAAAAUAAAAACAAGAAACUAAAUAUUCACUUAGUCUGGCGCAAUGAAUGGCGGCUGGGUAUAAUAACGAAUUUGGCCAAGAAUAUAAAUACAAUGUAUUUUUAUUGAACAAUUAAUUUAAACCUGACAAAAGUGAAUGUUGACAAUGAAAACAAGAAGAAAAAUGUUCACAUAGUUUUGUUUAUUUUUUUUAAUACUUUGUUUUAAAUUUAAUUUUAUACCCAUUUAGGCUAACUGCGCUUGUACCUGUCCAUACAUUAUGUAUACAUGUAACAUUAGGGCCCCGUUACACAAAGAUUAGCACUUGAUUGUAGGGUUUAUACUUAUGAUUGAUUGCAUUGAUUAUUAUGUGCAAUCAAGCAUGCAACCCAACUCUGCAAUCAAUCGCUAUGCUUUGUGCUACUGGGCCCUGAUAUGAAUCUAUUCUUGUGUAUAAUAAUGGCUUAAUUUAUUUCAACUAUAAAGACAGAAAAAGAUCUUCAAGAAUUUCAGGAGCAAAUGAUUUGAUUCGAUACAAUCGAGGAUAGAAUAGUGAACUUUUUUUUUCAGAAGUAUGUUAUGAAAGAAUGUUAAGAUUUCAAACGUUUUAUGACAAAAGUAGACAUCUCGUUAAAAUAUGUAACUUUUGAAAUGUACACUGUUGAAAACUUGCAUAUAAUUUUUAAGGUAUAGAACCCUUAAAAUUUGUCAGUAAUGAUUUGGUGCCACACAAUACAGACAAUCUAGUAUCAAAUGUCUUUUGCUAUUACAUCUUAUUUCAUAUAAUUCAGUAAAAUACAGGCAUAAUGAAAGUGACAUUUUUGAAAAUAAAUUCCUUUAUGACAAAAGU